UCAGUGGAAGUGUUGUUUUGUAUAAUACAUGAGUGAAUGUAUUGGCGAUUAUUCUCAUCGUUUGUAAACUCAUCGUCGCGUCAAUCGCCACAAGAAGCGAUAUUCACCACUUGAUUAUCAUCCACACGAACCAUACCCGCGAUCAUCGGCUGUGAUCAGCACAUAAUAUAGUGGUUGUGAUGGCAUUAGUGGCGGUCCCCUCUUGGCGUACAGAAGCGCCGCAUUCGGGUGCUGUGGACAGCGAUGUGCACACCAGCGCCACAGCCAACGGCACUCUGACGCUGACACAGCCGUCGACGCCGUCGGGCGCCGACAAGAGUGGCCAACACAUAGAGUGUGUGGUUUGCGGCGAUAAGAGCAGUGGCAAACAUUACGGUCAGUUCACGUGCGAGGGCUGUAAGUCGUUCUUCAAGCGCAGUGUGCGGCGGAACCUGACGUACACGUGUAGAGGCAACCGAAACUGUCCUAUCGAUCAACACCAUCGAAAUCAAUGCCAAUUCUGUCGAUUAAAAAAGUGCCUAAAGAUGGGAAUGCGUAGAGAAGCGGUUCAAAGGGGUCGCGUCCCUCCAACACACGGACACUCAUUGCCGGGACAGAUGGCCCUCACGAACGGCGACUCACUUAACGGACACUCAUAUCUAUCAAGCUUUAUAUCAUUGCUACUGCGGGCCGAACCAUAUCCGCCAUCGCGUUACUCGCAGUGUAUGCAACCCAACAAUAUUAUGGGCAUCGAUAACAUGUGCGAAUUGGCCGCACGGCUACUGUUCAGCGCAGUUGAAUGGGCGCGAAACAUACCCUUCUUCCCCGACCUCCAGGUCACCGAUCAGGUGGCGCUCCUCAGACUUGUCUGGAGUGAACUCUUUGUGCUGAACGCCUCCCAGUGUUCGAUGCCAUUACAUGUCGCACCACUUCUCGCCGCCGCCGGACUUCACGCCAGUCCAAUGGCCGCCGACCGAGUCGUCGCUUUUAUGGAUCACAUCCGUAUCUUUCAGGAACAGGUAGAGAAGUUGAAAGCCUUGCACGUCGAUGCGGCCGAAUAUAGCUGUCUGAAGGCCAUUGUGCUCUUCACCACA